CCUUGCAGGCAGUUUCCAGGCCACUGGAAGAAGCUCCGACGACCUUUGUCGUCUUGUCUCGUCAUAAUAUCCAAUCCCACUCCCGCCGCAAAAAUCUCCGCCGUCGUCUUCCUCCGAGCGAAGAGGGAGGGAAAGAGAAAUGCAGACCGCGAUGGUAUCGGCAGCUCCGAACUCGCGGCCGCCUCUCUGGCAGUCGCAGCCCGCCGCCGUCAAGGCCUUCCUGGGUCGCCGCCAGCUCUUCUUCGACGGCGUCUCCUCCGCCUGCUCUCCGCCGUCUCGGGCCCGGAGCGGCGGCCCCGCCGAAGGCGACGCGCCGCCCCGCCCUCCGGCUCCUCAGAGAACGGUAGAUCCUGUUGAGGAUUUGGGUGAACUGGUGCGGAAGAAUUUUUCGUUCACUACGCGGCGAAUGCUGUUCGCGAGUACGUUCAUGUACUCGUGGUAUCAUCCUUCAAGGUAUUUAUCAGCAAAGGCUUUAGGGGAUCCAUCAGUGACACUUGAAGAAGUAACCCCUCCCGUUUUUCCUUCUGGGUCACUCUUCCCAGCUGAGGAAAGAAUUGCCAAUCUCUUUGAGAUAAACACCUUUUCCGUCGUCAACAUUUUUGAUGUAACAUUGCGCCCGCAGCUUAACAUAACUGGUGCUGUUGAGAUUCCAGAAGGAAAUGGUUCAGGAGUCGUCUGGGAUGAACAGGGACAUAUUGUUACUAACUAUCAUGUUAUCGGCAGUGCACUUUCAAGAAAUGCAAAACUUGGCCAAGUUGUAGCACGUGUUAACAUUCUAGCAUCAGAUGGGGUCCAGAAGAACUUUGAGGGCCAGCUGGUUGGUGCCGAUCGUGCUAAAGAUCUUGCUGUCUUGAAGGUAGAAGCCUCUAAAGAUCUAUUGAAGCCUGUUAAAGUCGGGCAAUCAAAUUCUUUGAAGGUGGGGCAGCAAUGUUUAGCAAUAGGAAAUCCAUUUGGGUUUGAUCACACACUUACAGUUGGUGUUAUAAGUGGACUUAACCGAGAAAUAUUUAGUCAAACUGGAGUAACAAUAGGUGGGGGGAUUCAGACAGAUGCGGCCAUUAAUCCUGGGAACAGUGGAGGUCCUCUUCUGGAUGCCAAAGGAAAUUUAAUAGGGAUUAAUACUGCUAUAUUUACUCAGACAGGGACAUCAGCAGGCGUAGGUUUUGCCAUUCCAUCAUCUACUGUCCUCAAGAUUGUGCCACAGUUGAUUGAAUUUGGUAAAGCUGUCCGAGCUGGACUCAAUGUAGAUAUUGCUCCUGAACUAGUUGCUAAUCAACUGAAUGUUCGUAGUGGAGCUCUCAUACUCAAGGUUCCUGUGAAUGGCAUAGCUGCGAAAGUGGGGUUACUACCCACGACUAGGGGCUUUGCUGGUAAUAUAGUACUUGGCGACAUCAUUGUAGCAGUUGACAGCAAACCUGUUAAAAGCAAAGCAGAGUUGGAGAAGGUGUUGGAUGACUACACUGUAGGGGAUAAGGUAACGCUAAAGAUUCAGAGAGCCAGCGAGUAUUUGGAGCUGCCUAUACCUUUGGAGGAAAGGAGUUCGUGACAAAAUUACCCUUCAUCAGGCAGGUAGUGACAUUGGCGGAGGAAAAUUAGUGAGUGCAAGUUGAACCACUUCUUGAGAACGAAGCACGAGCUAGAAUAGAAUCAGCAACUUUCAUGAGUCGUUGAGAGUAGGACUAAAGCUUACACAGAGGAUCAGCAGCGGCAUGAGAGACAAACAAGAAGGAACGGAGACGUUUCAUUUACGGACGUCAUGCAAAUGAAGAUUGGACAAAUAUGGAAGAUUUACAUUCAUGGAGAAAAUCCGGGUCAUCAAAAUUUCAUGCAUGUUUUCGCUUUCAUACCAUGUCAUGCAUUACUCUAAAACUGUUCUCAAGAAAGCCCCACCCCACUAGACAAAUUUAAAUGCAUUCCAUCUUAUUCCUGGGUGA